CGUCACCGUAUUUUCGUUCGUGCAACAACAUGUGGCUGCCAGGGAUGAAACACACAGAUGUCCUAGACAACUGCUGUUUCUAGCCUAUAAUAUAUCUCCGCCGUAAUGACACUUUCACAACUAUGUCUGUUGAUCAUCGUUUUAUUAACUGGAACGGCCAGCAUUACUCUGAAUCAUCGCAGCCGUUUGGCUAUUGACUGGCGACACAGUAUAGCGUCGUAUUCAUUCGGUUACCAAAAGUUGAACAGAGUGGAACUAUACACAGCAACUUAUUUAGUUUUUAAUCAUGUUUUUGAAUUUGAGUUUGGUGUUGCUAUUGUCUACUUGCUUGGUUGUCGCCCAGGAAACCAUCACCCAAGGUAAUCGUCCGGAUUAUUGUUCACUGCCUCCGGUGAUGGCGGGCGAGAAGAAAUGCAAAGGAUACAUCAAGAAAUGGACGUUCAACGAAACGGAAGUGACUUGCGCCUCUUACAUUUACGGCGGAUGUAACGGCACCAAGAAUCUUUUCGAAACGGAAGAAGAAUGUCAAGCCACUUGCCGUUCUCCCGUUGCUCCGCAGAGGAAACAGGCGGAUGCGUCAGCUCCGCAAACUUCCGCCAGCGGCCCAUCCGUCCAUCCGCAUCAGUAUCUCCUGGCCGUUAUCAAUUGCCUUUAUUCGUUUUUCUUUCUACUAACCCGAUAUUUUUAAUUGGCCAAUUAAGCUUUUUAAUGAUUAUAACUGGAUUAUAAUAGCUGCUGACGGAGAGAAUAAACAUUUUGGGUAAUCAA